AUGUUUUCAUCAAACCAAAAGAGAGUUUUCAUGGAAUUGAAUGGUGAAGUAAUUAAAGAGAACAUAGUACCAAAUGCGGACGAAAGUAGAAAGUUUUGGAGUGAAAUAUGGGACAACCCAGUGGAAUAUAAGGACAAUGCAGAAUGGCUACGAGGGAUCGAAAAUGAAUCAAGUAGAGUCAGUAUGCAAGAUAAUGUGAAAAUCACUGUCCAAGAUUUAAGAAAGCAAACGGGGAAAAUUCCAAAUUGGAAAGCAGCUGGGCCUGACGGAGUACAAGGCUAUUGGCUGAAAAACUUGUCAUCAUUACACGAUAGAAUUGCUUGCCAGUUGAAUACAGUUGUCGAAAGUGGGGAUGUUCCAGCAUGGAUGACGUAUGGAAGAACGGUACUAUGUGUGAAGGACAGGAGUAAGGGAAAUGCUGCGAGUAACUUCAGACCUAUUUCAUGUUUACCAUUAAUGUGGAAAUUGCUAACGGGUAUGCUGUCCGAGCAGCUGUACGAGCAUGUAGAUACUAAUGAUAUGUUACCAUCAGAACAGAAGGGCUGUCGUAAAGAGACACGCGGAACGAAAAAUCAACUACUCAUUGAUAGAAUGGUACUUAAGAACUGUAAAAGAAGACACACCAACUUAGCUAUGGCGCACGUGGAUUAUAAAAAGGCAUAUGACAUGAUACCACACUCGCGGAUACUAAAGAGUCUACAAUUGGUUGGGGCAGCUGAUAAUAUUAUGAACGUCCUUGAAAAGAGUAUGACGAAAUGGAAGGUACAGUUGAACGCAGAUGAAAUAUUAGGUUAUGUCAACAUCAAACGUGGAAUAUUCCAAGAAGACAGCCUUUUGCCACUCCUAUUAGUUAUACGGAUGACUUAA